AUGCGUCUAAAACUUUAUGAACGAGCAAUCUAUGGUCUUCUAUGUGGACGAAUUGAAGCUUUAAUACCAGUCUGUAAAACAUAUGCUGAUUAUCUUUGGGCAUAUACUUCAUGUUAUAUUGAACAAGAAAUUCAUUAUAUUCUUGUAUGUGCUCAUCAAAAUGAAUUAACUGAUAUAGAAAAACAUCGUAUUCUAUCUGAUAAUGGAAUAAGAAAUCAUCAAUUAAAAAUGCCAUCAAUAUUUGAUGAAAUUCUUGCUGGUUGUCCAACACAUAUACGUGAUGAAGCAUUAUUACCAUUUAAUUUAAUUCAAAAAUAUUUAAUACUUGCUGAUUAUGAACGUUUAUUUCAUAGUAUAUUAUCAUUUUUACAUACAAAUAAUGAAUUAAAUGGAAAUUUAUUACGUUUUUCAACACAUAUUUGUUUAUUUUUAUAUGAACAAAAUUAUUCAGAAAAAUUUAAUCAAAAUAA